UCGUCGAUUUCGGCCCCCUCCCCCCUCCCCCUCCCUCGCUCUGGCGUCUCCCAUCGCCAUCGCGUCCAAACCCUAGCCCUCCCCAACUCCAAACCCUACCGCCAGUGGUCCAAUUCGCUGCGUCGGCUCGCGAAUCGGGCGUCCGCUUGUCGCACCCGCGCUCCCGAUUCAGCCGCCGUUCGUGCAAGAUCUGGCAGAUGGAGCCCGCGGCGCCGAAGGAGGCGCCGCCGCCCCAGCCACAGCCCGGGGUGGAGGAGGACGGGACGCUCUCCGCGACGGCAGCUAUGGCAAGGGACGCCGCCGUGCUGUUCCAGAGCCGCCGGUACGCCGAGUGCGCCGAUGUGCUCGCGCAGCUCCUGCUCAAGAAGGAGGGUGACCCCAAGGUCCUUCAUAAUAUGGCUAUCGCAGAAUCGUUUGUGGAUGGUUGUCCUGAUCCAAAAAAGUUGCUUGAGAUUCUUGGCAAUGUUAAGAUAAGAAGCGAUGAACUUGCCUGUGCAUCUAGAGAACAAGCUGAUUCUGCCAAUGGGGUAGGGAACAAUACUUCUUCUGAACCAAGAGGCAGUGGCAUUGCACCGUUGAUUUCUGCUGCACAUAAUGCAACAGCCUAUGGAGAUGAGUUUGACACAACCAUAAUAACAUUCAACACUGCUCUUAUCCUUCAUCAUCUUCAUGAUUAUGAAUCUGCACUGUCUGUUUUGGAGCCAUUGUACCGAAAUAUUGAACCUAUUGAUGAGACAACUGCUCUUCAUGUAUGUUUUCUGUUAUUGGAUAUUACAUUAGCUUUGCAAGAUGCAUCAAAAGCCGCGGAUGUCAUUCAGUACUUGGAAAGAUCAUUUGGAGUAGCUAAUACAGGGAACCAGAAUGAAAUUGCUAGCACAGUUCAGCAGCAACCUGCUCAACUGAAACCUGCAAAAAGUAACACGCCUCCAGAUUCUGAUUCAAAUACUUGUCCUGGUGGAUCUGAGAUUCUUUCAGUUGGAAGUUUUUCGGAUGAUACACUGGAGUUUGAAUCUUUUUACUCUACUCUGGAUGGUGGAAAUCACUUGGGCAGGCCUAUCUUAAAUGAGUUCUCGAGGGCAUCAGCUGAUCUUGCUGCCACAGCUGCUGAUUUGAAAGUUAGACUACAAAUUUACAAGGUCCGGCUUCUACUUCUCACAAGGAACCUGAAGGUUGCCAAGCGAGAACUCAAAGUUCUAAUGAACAUGGCUCGUGGUAGGGAUUCAUCUACAGAGCUUCUCUUGAAAUCUCAGCUAGAGUAUGCCCGAGGAAAUUAUCGGAAGGCUGUGAAGCUUUUGAGCACCCCCAAUAAUCGGACUGAACCAGUAAUGCUAACCAUGUUCUACAACAAUCUUGGUUGUAUACUCCAUCAGCAGAGAUCCAACCAUACAUCAGUAUUGUGCUUCAGCAAAGCACUGAAAUACAGCUUAUCUCUUCGCUCAGAGAAACCAUUGAAGCUGUCUGCACUAUCACAAGACAAAUCUUGUCUGAUAUCAUACAACUGUGGGAUCCAACAUUUGAUGUGUGGUAAACCACUGUUAGCAGCUCGUUGUUUUCGUGAGGCCAUGCCGCUCUUGUACCAUCGGCCCCUCUUUUGGCUCCGUUUUGCUGAGUGUAGCCUGCUAGCUCUAGAAAUGGGCUUCCUCACUGCAAGCGGUGCUACUUCAUGCAAAGAUGAGAUUGAAAUUUAUGUUGUGGGGUCAGGGAAAUGGCGCCAUUUAGUUAUCAGUCCGGUGAACUCAGGAAGUCAUUUAUCAGAUUUUGGGAGUUCAGGUGAACAUGGAAAUUUGAUAUCACUCAGAUUUGCUAGACAGUGUCUACUCAACGCCCAACUAUUAAUGGAUGCUUCUGAGCAGAAAAAAAUGGCGAUUUCAGAUACAGAGUGCAACCAAGGGUCACAAUGCCAGAAAAGUUCAGGCCAGAGCACAAUGAGUGUGGAAUCCAAAGUCCACUCUGGUCCAACAACUAAUGCAAAUGGAGAACAAAAGGGAGCCGCGAGCUUGAAUGCCACUUUGCAGAGCUCUCUUGCUAUGUAUGAUGACAUCAUUAGAAAAGAGAACCUGAAAAUUCGACAAGCCAUCCUGGGGGACCUGGCGUUCGUCGAAUUGUGUCUUGAGAAUCCCUUGAAAGCUUUGUCUAUUGCCAACUCACUGUUGCAGGUUCCAGACUGCUCCAGGAUGUACUUAUUCCUUGGCCAUGUAUAUGCAGCUGAAGCUUUAUGUUUGCUGAACAGGCUAAAGGAGGCUGUUGAUCAGUUAACUGUUUAUUUGAGAGAUGACAAUGCUAUUGAGUUGCCCUACAGUGUUGAGAAUCGUGAAAAGGCCCCUGUUGAGAAAGACAGCGAUGGCGAGGAUUCAGUCACUCCUGCCAUGACAAAACUUACCUCAGAAGAAUCUCAGCACUCAAUGUCUCUCAAGCCCGAGGAAGCCUGUGGGGUUCUGUAUGUUGACCUUGGCAUGACUGCUGCAGUGCAGGGAGAGCUUGAGCAGGCCAACUACCUGGUGAGCCGUGGUUUUGCAAUGUUGCCCAACAGCCCUAGGGCACUGCUAGCAUCCAUCUAUGUGGAUCUUCUGCAGGGGAAGGCGCAAGAAGCUAUUGGCAAGUUGAGAAGGUGCAGAAACGUGAGAUUUAAGACCAGUAGUGUAGCAGCCAGCAGAUAAGACUUGCCUCGUUUUGAUGAUUUAUCAAUAGUUGAUAAUUGCCAUUUCUUGAGUUGGACCCGACCCCAUGUGGAUGAUCAUCCUGAAAGAUCGUAACGUUUUCCUGUGUACCAUACAUAAGAAAAAGAACUUUAGAUCUCCCUGUCCCCUCUUUAGCUUUCCCAGAUUCAGGGGUGUAAUUUGUGUUACUCGAGUUUUAGAGCCCCUCUUUGGACUGAAAUGAUGAUACCUUCUGAUGUUCCUUUAUUCAGGAAAGAAAUGUGCAAAAGGCAUCAGAAUCUAAAGAACUUCAGUAUAUAUUUCGGUGCAUUUCUUG